AUGGUGCGAGAGCAGUGGCUACUCGAAAAAGAAGAAAUCCCAUUCGAAAACAACAAAUCAUGUCUCGGUAAAAGCAGGGUUCCGCUCCAGCUCACAAGGCCAAGUCAACUCAGGAGGUCCUGUGGAAGCCCUGAUCUCAGCCCACUAGAUUAUCGGUUUUGGUCCGAACUGGAAAGGAUGGCAUACCAUAGAGCACACCCUAACUUGUAA